UGCUGGGGGAGCAGCACUCCGCGGCGGACAGGAUUUGGCCGUGAUGGGACUGAGUUUUGUCUGCAGAGAGUAACGAGUAUCCUCAACUUCCCAAGUUCUCAUUCGCCGCCGCCCGCCGCCACGUACAUGGCUGCACUCAAGUUAUCACUAUGCGCGCCACAGUGA